GGUGAUACAACAUCAGCACCUCGUUUGGAUUAAGAUCCAGCCUUUGCGCCAACUGCCACUUGAAAUCAGCGGUGUCAAAACUGCACUCCAGAAGCGGUAUCGGGUGAAGACGUGCCCUGCACAUCACUUCAGAGACUUUGCUAUAUCUUUGCCCCUUUUCGUCUAAGAUGACAAGACUUCCAUCAGCAGCAGCAUCACCCUCAGUCCAAGCGGGCUGCUCGUUUGGAAGGACACCCGACCGCAGCCGUUCUCAUCUGCAAAUUCAAUCCGAUCAGUUGUGACAAAGGCUGUCAGCGUCGGAAUAAGAAAUCGAUACUCAAGACGUUCUUCUGGAAUUUUUAACGAUCCGUUUUCCUCAAGUGAAGCGCGCGUGGAGAGCGCGGGGUCCUCCUCGCACUUUCAGAUGUUUGCGGUGUUGAUGGUGACAGGUUAUUGUUGUUGAGUGUCCAUGCGAGACUUGGGGUGGAAACAUGUCUGGCCACUUCUCUGAGAGGGUCGCUGCUAUCAGAGAUGGCAUUUUGGUCCAGCACUUCGGUUUUUACUUCUAAAGUGCCCCGGAAGAUCUUAUUCAUGUUCACCCUCUCCCUUUCUGUCACCUAUCUGUUCUAUAGCUUGAUGAGCUGUUACAACUCCUUUCAGUUCCAGGAGAACUACGUUUAUCAGGGGAGGCUCGCGACAGAGGAAACAACUUUUGUUACGCUGAGGGAAAAACUUUACUCGACCUCUUCCCAGGUCUACUUCGACGAGGAGUUCAUCGAGAGAACGGCGACAGAGCAAACUAUCGCCGUCUCGAGCGUUAGAAAUAGCGUGGGGAUCGACGAGAGGACGUCGGGAUGGGCGCGAGCUCAGGCGGCUACGACCAGCAGCAGCAGCAGCAGCAUGAUGUCGCGCGCCGCCGCUGGCGCUGGCGCUGCUGCUGCUGCUGGAGAGCAAGAGCACCCGGAAUUCAGCACCACGGACAGCGAGCUUCGGAGAGUGGUGAACUGCACCUCGGAUUACGGGGUUAAAACAUUGCCCCAAGCCAUUAUAAUCGGAGUGAAGAAAGGGGGGACAAGGGCUCUGCUGGAAGCUUUGCGGGUUCAUCCCGAUGUUCGAGCCGUAGGGAAUGAGCCUCACUUCUUUGACAGGAACUACGAGAGGGGGCUGGAUUGGUACAGGGAGCUGAUGCCGUCUACUCUGGAGGGCCAGAUCACAAUGGAGAAGACGCCAAGCUACUUCGUGACAAACAGCGCUCCGAAGCGAAUCCACUCGAUGGCGAGAGACAUUAAACUAAUCAUAGUCGUCCGCAAUCCAGUGACCAGAGCCAUUUCGGACUAUACUCAGACGCUCUCCAAGAGGCCUGAGAUUCCCACUUUCGAAGUGCUGGCCUUCAAGAACCGAACGCUGGGCCUGAUCGACGCGUCGUGGAGCGCCCUGCGAAUAGGGAUCUAUGCGCUUCACCUGGAGAGCUGGAUGCAGUAUUUCCCGCUCUCACAGAUGCACUUUGUCAGCGGAGAGAGGCUUAUUGUUGAUCCGGCCGGCGAGAUGGCAAAGGUGCAGGAUUUCCUGGGACUCAAGCGUAUUGUUACUGACAAACAUUUCUAUUUUAAUAAAACCAAGGGAUUCCCUUGCUUGAAGAAGCCAGAGGACAGCAGUACCCCACGGUGCCUUGGCAAGUCCAAGGGCAGAACUCACCCCAAAAUAGACCCCGAUGUCAUUCGCAGACUGCACAAAUUCUACAAGCCCUUUAACAUGAUGUUCUACCAAAUGACAGGGCAAAACUUUCAGUGGGAACUGGAGGAGGAUGGCAACUCGCCUGGCUCUCGGGACUAAACCGCUGCUGCUCUCUGCACCACCAGCCUUCUCAUAGCCGAACGCCCCCUUCAACCCUCAUCGUUCUCUCGGUCCGUGCUUCAACACGCCAAUCGAUCGUUGCUGUCUUUGCGAAAGUGUGUAUACCCAUAGCAAGAGUGCUAAUCUGCUCUGUCAACCCCCAAUACCAAUGGUGUUUAUGAUGGCAAAUGUCAUUGUACAUAUUAUCCCGAAUAUAAAUAUAUUUAUA